UCUCCCCUCUCUCCCUCCCUCCAGUCACCCACUUAACCACUGAAUCAACAAGUUCCUGUCCCCUCUGCCUCAAUUUUUACUCUCUAGAUCAUCUCAUAAGAUCCUGGAGAGCAAGAAGCCAUAAAAUGGCCGGGAGGAGACAUAAUUAAGACGGUAGGCUGAGGCACCUUCUUCGUCGUCACCACCUCCUCCCUCUUCUUCUCCCUCUUUUUCUCUCUCUUCUUCUCCCUCUUCUUUUUCUUCCUUCAUUUCUCGCCCCUGGCUGUGGUCGUGCCCGUGGAGGCGGAGGGGUCGUUAUGACGGGUGGUGGUGCUGGUGGUGUGUGGUCGUCUGUGUUCCGUGUUCAGCUGCAGGAGACACACACCUUGGACCUCUACUACCAGGAGAACACCUCAGUGCACGAGAGCCACCACCUGGCACCCAUACUCAUCAGUCAGUGGCACCACUACCACCAGAAGCGGGUGAGUGGUUGUGUACGUGCGAGGGAGAUGACCUGCCAGACAGCUCCGAAGUACACCAUGGACAAGACUACUCAGAAGUCUGCUACUCAGACAAGGGAUAACAGCUGCAUGGCCACGCAGUGGAGUAUGUAUGAUGAAUAUCGUACUCUCGACACCCCUGAGGGUAAACUAGACAAGGAUGAGACACGCCACGUUGCCAGCCAGUGUGAGACUCGGUAUUAUGUCGGGGAACCCUGUCUGAGUGAGCAACAGUUGAAACAGCAGCAGGAGCAGCUGGAGUCGGAGGGUGUGGGUGGGAUACGAGGGGUGGAGGUGUAUGGGUUACUGAAGGGGAUGGGCUGGAUGGAAAGACAACUCUCCUCCACCCACAACAUCCACCUCCUCCAUGCAUUCACAGACUACGCUCACCAGGUGCACCACCACACCAAACACGACCUCCAGUCUGCCACAGAGAGAGGGGCGUGGCGUGACGGUGGCACCGACGAGUGCCAGACUCAAGAGUUGUGGCACUUCGGCUGUGAAGCCACCUGGGAGUGCCGGGUGAACGCUGUCACCUUCUGCAGCAGCUCCCCCUGGCUGGUGGUGGCUGCCUAUGGCAACCUUUCGCUUACAGAGCCAUCCCGGGGUGCCAUCUGUGGUUGGAGUGCCAAGAGGAUAAGUCAACCGGAGCUCAGGCUCACUCUACCAGGAACAGCCACUGUAGUCAGCUCGUGUCCCGUGGCACCUCAGCUCUGUUGUGUGGCUCUCCUAGACGGCACCUUGCAUGUGUACCAGCUGGACACUCCCAUCCCCCAGCUGAUCCUGGACACCAGUGGGAGCGUGGAUAAACACUAUGGUCCAGUGUGGGCGGUCGAGUGGCGACAAACAUUCCACACACUGCCCGCCCACGCUGACAACGCUCAUGAUGAUCACGCCCAUCGUGCUGACAGCCAUGCUGAAAGAGCCCAUGCUGACGACAGUGCUUCUGCUGAGCACAUAGGUGCCAGCACUGCUGAAACACAGGAGUGGCAGAAGGUGGGGAUCCAGGCCUUAGUGUCAGCCUCUGAAGACGGCACAGUCAAGGAGUGGCUCUUCUCCAGGGACACUCUCAUACGCUGCACCAUUCUGAUGAAGGUGUGUGUCCCACCGUGGGUGUCUCUAGAGAUAGCUGGUGGCCUGAAGGAGGUGUUGCGACUCCCCGAAGAGAAUCAGGGUGGCACUGAACGCCAUCGGGGAGGCACGGAACGCCCUCGGGGCAGCACUGAACGGCCUCGGAGCGACGCUGAAAGCCGCUCGCUGGGCGGCAACGGACAGCUCCUGCCAGAGAGCGUGCCGGCCACCGCUCUCAAGUUCCGUCGAGGAGACAGCACAUCGUACCUCGUGGGCACCAUCGCUGGCCACCUCCUCAUGUGUCGGACGUUUGAGCGUCGUGGCAGCGUAGCUGUGUUCAGAGGCCACACAGGGCUGGUGACAGCCCUGGACUGGCGCCCUCAGCCCCCAGCCGACCCCGCCCACGUCUUCCUCUCGGCCGCCCUCGAUGAUACCAUCAGGGUGUGGCAUGCGGAUAAGUUAGAGCCACACUGCGUCCUAAGGAAUCCAAAGCAGGUGUUGUCAGGUCCAGACGGGUACCUGGACGCAUGCUGGUGUCCCUGGUAUGGGAAUUUGAUUGCAGGCGUGCAUGGAGGCGGCCUUCACCUCUGGGACAUCUCUCUCUCCACCCACACACCCAUCCUCACCCACCAGCACCCAGGGGCCACCUGCGUCACCUUCAGCCCCCAUACCAGGAACGUGGUGCUGGGGGAUCAGAGAGGGUCUGUGAGAGUGAUCCACCUGACGGGUCUGGCUGUUCACUCCUCCACAGCCUUCCACAGACUCUCCUCCGUCCUCUCCAGGAUCACUAUGCUUGGAGCCAAGGAAGAAGAGGGGGAAGAA